AUGUACGGUCGCUCGUGCCGGAGAUCUUCUUCCUCUUCCUCAAGUUCUUCUUCUUCUAGCGGCGGUUCUUAUCGUGCUCGUGUUGUACCAGUUGGAGUCGCAACAAUGCCAAUCGGAUAUGGAGCUGGCCCACCACCACUUGGAGCUGGAUAUGCCCCACCACCACUUGGAGCUGGAUAUGCCCCACCACCACCAAGGCCAAUGGGGUCCGGAUAUGCCCCACCACCACCAAUGGGAGUUGGAAUAGGAGCAGGAGUAACUCCAGGUAUGCCAGGAUACGUACAACAGGCUCCACCACUUCCAAAUCAACAAUACUCGUCCUAUGGACCACCACAACCAGGACUUCCAACACAACCAUAUGGUUCAAGCAUGUAUCCAAACACUCCCGGAUAUCCACAACAGCCAUAUCAAAUUGGAACUGGUGCCACUCCAGCUGCUCCAGGUAUGUAUCCACCACCACCACCUGGGCAAUAUCCACCAACUGGACAGUACCCACCACCACCAACUGGAUACCCAGGAUAUCCAAGAGGAUAUUAA